CUCUGGUGAAGCUAUGAAGGGGGAGGAGUGUCUGAAGACACAGCCAAGGUGGCUGUGAGCAUCGCGUCUGUCCCUUUUGUCAUGCAAAAUUUUGAACAGAGAGAGGAGACCGUCCAUCAUCUGCGCUGAACAGCCCGAAUGGGAACGCACACAAAGGACAUAUACUGUGUCUGGGUAGAUCCUGUAUUUUCCGCUUUAACAACCCAGAGGAGGCUGGUCGUAUGAAGAGCAUGCUGCCCCAGAAGAGCACAGUCCCUGCAGUGGCCUACAGCACAGACUGUGGAAAGUUGCAUACCAAUGGGGGAUCAGCGGGCGGGGCCAGUGUUCGAGGGACCAGAUCAAAGGCGGAGCUCCAGGAGUUGAUGGACAGCCUGCAGCGCAGGAAGUCUGCCCUGGAGGCCAGCCUGCGGGCCAAUGCGGAGUGUAGCCGCGCCUACCUCAAUCUGUCCCCGCCCACCAGUCCUCUGUCUGCCACACCCCUCCUCCAAGAGCGCUCCUCCCUCUCUGUUAGAGUGCCCUCCAGCAGCCUUAGCAUGCCUCCCUCUCCCCGCCAAUCAGAACGGCCCAUGAGCCCGAACCACGCCUACACCCGCUCGCGCCACCAAUCACAGGACAGCCUGCUCUUCAGCCAAAUGGGGGAUGGCCGCCGGCCUCAGACCGCAAGCUCUCUGCUGUCCAUGUGGAAUGGCUCUUCUUCCUCCUACAUGGGCGACGCCCUUUCUCCGCCCCGUCGUGGCCCCAGCGGAGCGGCCAGCAUGCCCUCCAGCCCCCGUCUGGGUCGCAGGCUGUUGUCCCGGGACGGAGAGGCGGGGAUGGAGCCACUCCCACGCCAGAGGAAGUACUCCACCGGUUCCCUCAACGGACUGGGCGGGCACAGCCGUUCUCUGCCACGCCUGUACAGGGCUGAGGGCCCCGCCCUCUCUCUGCCCCCCCGCCGCUCCUCACGGCCCCGCCGCAGUCUUCCCUCGCUGGAGCGGCCGCCGGACGUGACGGUCCCGGCGAGCGUUCCCGGGAGUCCACGGCGGGCCAGCCUGUCAUCUGUGGGCUCGGCACCGUGUUUGGACUUGGGCCUGGGUGAGAGGAGGAUGUCUCUGGGUAAGGCAGGGCUGGGACCGAGCCAGAGGAGGGGCAGCAUCAGCUCCCUGAGUGGGAAAGAGGAGUUAAGAGAGUACCACCAGAGACAAAGAGAUGAACGACUCAGGGAGCAGGAGGUAGAAAGACUGGAGCGCCAGCGUUUGGAGACCAUUCUGAGCCUGUGUUCGGAGCUGGGUGCCGUGGACCGGAACCAGGGCGGCUCGGCCGUGUCGGACUUGCAGAAAAUCAGCAGAGAGCUGGAGAAACUGCAGGUGUCUGACGACGAGUCUGUGUUUUCCGACUCGCCCGGCCUGUCCCCAGACAGCGGCUUUGGCUCUAAGAGCCGUGAGCUCCAGGUGUCGCGGCAGCGGAGACAGAGCGGCCAAAGAGAACCCAGGUCUCAGUCUCCCUCAUCCAGCCUACGCAGCUCCAUCCCCUCCCCACACCUCAGCACCAAGGCCUCAGAGGACGCACAGCUGCGACAGGAAGUGACACGCAUCGAGGAGGAGAGGAUUCAGGUCCUGAACAACAUUGAGGAACUGGAACAGAAGAUCAAAGACCUGGACACUCAGAUGGACGAGUCCGUCAGAGAGAUGGAGGUGGAGAGAGCACUGCUGGACGGAGAGCAGGAGGCUGAGAUGGCUCAGCUGCAGAGGGAGAAGGAGGUUCUGGAGCAGCUUAAUGAAAAGAUGGGCAACAUGGAAAAAACAGCCCUAACGGACAAGUCUCAGGAGAAAGCCCGUCUGGAGGCUGAGAGGGUUAGACUAGAGAAGCUGGCAGACUUGCUGACGGAGCUGAAGACCCAGCUCGACACCUGUCCUGAGGCCAUGAAAGAGCAGCUCCAGCAGCAGCUUUCCAGGGAUGCGGAGGUGCUGGAGGUUGAGAAGAAGCGCUUUGAGGAUCUGGAGUUUCAGCAGCUGGAGAAGGAGAGCUGUCUGGACGAGGAGAAGGAGACUCAGACUCAGGAGCUUCUCAGAGAGAUCGCUGAGUACCAGCGUAGUACCGUCACGCGCAAGGAGAGACUCCUGACCCUGAAGAAGCAGUCUGCUCAGAUUACCCAGCAGGCUCAGCGUGAGAAGGACAGUUUCAUGAAAGAGAAAAGCAACCUACUUAUCAUGUUACAGAGGGAGCGAGAGAACCUAGCCGCUCUGGAGAGGAAGUAUGCGGAGCUAACUGGAGGGCAGGCCUUCCCAUUAAACCCAGUGUCUAUGAAAGAGCAUUUCCGGUCUCUGGAGGAAAAGAGGCGGGGCAGUAAGGAGGGCGGGUCCCUCUUGAGUGACACCCUCCCUCGUAAGAGAGGCCAACAGGGCACCGGUUCCUUCAGCAGUGCCACACUGGGACGCAGCCUGUCACCCAAGCCACAUCUGCCCCUUGCUCAGAGUUCCAGCUGUGGAAGCGUUCUCCCACGCUCUCUCUCUGUCUCCCCCAGAGAGCUGGACACACGCCGCCUGCUCAAGGCGGGCCAGCUGUACCUGAGUGAGGAGAGACAGAGGCUGAAUGAGUUGAGCAAUAGGACUGUCUCUGAGUCCAACGUCUACCUGGACCCCUUCCACUACCUGGACAACGGCCACAACCUGGACACCAUGAGUGUGGACAGUUCUGACAGCCUGGAGACCAGCAUCUCCGCCUGUUCCCCUGACAACAUCUCCAGUGCCAGCACGUCCAACGUGGCGAAGAUCGAGGAGAUGGAGCGAAUGCUGAGAGAGGCCCAGGCCGAGAAAAACAGACUCCUGGAACAAAGGGAGAGGGAGAUGGAGCUGCGGAGACAGGCCCUGGAGGAGGAGAGGAGGAGGCGUGAGGAGCUGGAGAAACGGCUGCAGGAGGAGACCAGCCGGCGACAGAGGCUUAUCGAGAGAGAAGUCAAACUCCGGGAAAAACAGAGAACACAGUCGCGACCUUUGACACGUUACCUGCCUGUCAGGAAAGACGACUUUGACUUGCGUGGCCACAUUGAGGCCGCAGGUCAUCACCCGGACACCUGUUAUCACCUGGCCCUCACCGACAAGACCUGCCGGGGGUUCCUGGUCAAGAUGGGCGGCAAAAUCAAGACAUGGAAGAAGCGCUGGUUUGUCUUCGACCGCAACCGUAGGACUCUGGCUUAUUACGCAGAUAAACAUGAAACCAAGAUGAAGGGCGUUAUCUAUUUCCAAGCCAUAGAGGAGGUGUACUAUGACCACCUGAAGAAUGCACACAAGAGUCCGAAUCCCUCGUUGACCUUCAGUGUGAAGACUCAUGACCGUGUGUACUACAUGGUCGCUCCAUCACCGGAGGCCAUGAGAAUCUGGAUGGACGUUAUCGUUACCGGCGCCGAAGGAUACACCCAUUUCCUGGUCUGAGUUCUGUUCCACGGUCAACGGUCCAUGACUUUAAAUUACACACAGAUGCUAGAACCUGGCAAUGGAGAAAGAGUCUCACCCACCUCCCGACUACUCCGGUCUGGACCUUCAGAGACCAGGGAUGGAUUGUGUGUGUGUUUUUUUUUUUUCCCUCCCUCUUACCCAGGACCUGACCCAGAACGUGGACUUUGGUUUUUCAGGUUUUGUUCCGUCAGUUCACAGGAAAGGACUCAGGUAAGGACGAGACGUGACGACUCGUCCUGCUUAUCACGCUCGACCCUGACGUGAGUUCGGUGCUAGGUCAUCAUAAUGUGGAUAUACCUCAAAGACAGAAUCAAGUGCCCUUUACUCUUUUUUAUCUUUAAUAUCUGGAGGAUAAAAGCCAGAACUCUGUGGUGACCACACAAGUAUUAACCAUGAACUUGUCACAGUUUCUACCCUUAGUAUCAUCGUCAUAAUUAUCAUCAUCAUCAUCAUCACAAAUGUCAUUGUCAUUAAUGUUAUAAUCAUCAAAUGAAACCAGUUU